AUGGCUCAGAAUCAUUCUAACAGGGGGCGACACAGCACGUCAAAUGAAAAUGGGGUGGUACCUCACGAAAGAUAUCAAAAGUUAAAGCGAAGAGUCCGUGAUAUACAAACUGAUCUUGAUAAAGUUUCCAAAGAACUUGAUAAGUCUCGCAAACGGGUUAAAUCGCUUAAAAGGGAAAAGGAGUUGUUGUUGGACCGUAUCAGUCAAUAUGAGAAUAUAGACACUACAGAUUCCGAAAGAUCUGUCGAUCUUUCAUCCGAAGAGUCACUAGAUUCAGAUGCAUCCUCAGCCGAGCAAUCCAGGGCAUCGUCUGUUCGUCCUUCAAAGAAGUCUCGUGGACGUAACUCGAAUAAAAAGUCAUCGACUCCUACUCCUGCCAAUAACAUAGUAAAUACUGUUCCGAUUACUCAUGCUACCGGGAAGGUCACAAAGAAACGGGCCAGUAAACGUCCUCUCAAUGCCAAGGUUAUGAAAGUCCAGCACGUAGAACAAGACGAAAAAGGAAAUUACAAGCUUCCUGUUCAAAUUGGAAUAUUAACUGUAUUGAAUCUUGGUACGGUCGUUUACGAUCGUGACACUUUCCAUAAUGAAAGAUAUAUUUGGCCUGUCGGAUAUGCUGUCAAAAGAGCAUAUAAUAGCAUGAUCAAUGCUGAUAACCAAACAAUGUAUGUUUGCAAAAUUGAAGAUGGCGGUGAAGGUCCCAAGUUUGUAAUCGAAGCGGAGGAUCAACCUGACAAACCGAUUAUUGCCAAUACGGCAACUGGAGCUUGGACUUCCGUUGUUCGUGAGGCUAACGCUAUUCGUCAUCGUGAUCAUUCUAAUUCAGCAUCGGGUCCCGAUUAUUUCGGUUUCUCACAAGCGACUAUUAGGAAAAUGAUCCAAGACUUGCCUAACGCUAGUAAGUGCAAAAAUUACGUCACCCAACAUUUUGAAGUAAUGAAGACUAGAAAUGGUGGUGGUCGACGUAGAGGCACAGGUGCACGUACUAAUGGAAAUGGAAGGGUUAACGGUAAUACCGGGUCUCCGGUUUCAGCUGCUCCACAGUUAGUAGAAGAAAAUGGUGGUGAAACAAAUAGCAGUAAUGGUGAUGGUGACGUAGUGAUGUCAAAUUCUGGUGAGGGUGAAUUAGAGAGCGAGUGA